CCUUUCACUAGUCGUCGUUCAUGAUCAGUCUCGUCUACUCUUCUCGAAAGACGGAAGGUUUUGCUGACUGCCCUGGAUAGAAAAAUUUGGUGGGGUUACUUUUCUUUGUUUACGUUAUUAUGUAUCAAUUUGCAUCUUGAGGUCAACGAAGGCACAUUGAUACUAUUCAACAACUACAAAGCUACGAACCAAACCCUUUCGAGUCCAUAAAUUGAUCACAAACACAAACCCUCGUAAUCUCAUCUCCUCCUCUCUCUGCGAGGUCGUUGACUUUUGCUUUUUCAGUAAAAUUGUAGAUUUGAAAUCGUUCAUCUGAUGAGUUCUAACGUUCCGUCCUCGAGCACCGGAGGUCCUGGAUCGGCCGAUUCCUCAGCGCCCAGAAGAAUUUCCAAACGACCCAAGUAUUCGAAGUUCACUCAACAAGAACUUCCAGCUUGCAAGCCAAUUCUUACACCAAAAUGGGUGAUUUCAGCAUUUAUGCUUGUUAGCAUAGUCUUCAUUCCCAUUGGAGUUGUUUCCUUGUUUGCUUCUCGGGAUGUUGUUGAAGUCAUUGACAGGUAUGAAACUGACUGUAUACCAGCAGCCAAUAGAACUGAUAAGGUCAAAUACAUACAAAGCUCUGAAGAUAAAACAUGCAACAGAACACUGAAAGUGCCAAAGCAUAUGAAACAGCCUAUAUACGUGUAUUAUCAGAUUGACAACUUCUACCAGAAUCAUCGCAGGUAUGUGAAGAGCCGAAGUGAUGAGCAGUUGCGAAAAAACAGCAGUCAAACAGACGUAAGCGAUUGCAAACCAGAAGAUUACGCCAAUGGAAUGCCAAUUGUGCCUUGUGGUCUUAUAGCCUGGAGUUUGUUUAAUGAUACUUAUAGCUUCUCCCGAAGCAGCCAGCAGUUGGAAAUAAAAAAGAAGGGCAUUUCAUGGAAGAGUGACAGAGAUCACAAGUUUGGGAAAGAUGUCUACCCUAAAAACUUUCAGAAUGGAACUAUUAUAGGUGGUGCAAGUCUCAAUACAUCCAUACCGUUGAGUGAGCAGGAGGAUCUAAUUGUUUGGAUGCGCACUGCAGCUCUUCCAACUUUUAGAAAAUUGUAUGGGAAGAUAGAACAGGAUCUUCAGGCCAAUGAUGUCUUACAUGUGACAGUAGGGAACAAUUACAACACAUAUAGUUUCAGUGGCAAGAAAAAGCUCGUGCUUUCUACCACCAGUUGGCUUGGCGGGAAGAAUGACUUUAUGGGUAUCGCAUAUCUCACUGUUGGCGGGUUGUGCUUCUCUUUGGCUUUGGCUUUUACGAUAGUAUAUCUAGUUAAGCCAAGGCAACUCGGAGAUCCAUCUUACUUGUCAUGGAACCGGAACACAGGUGGCAAUUAAGCAUGGUCAUGGAACUUCUUCAAGUGGCUUGGCCUGAAUAUUUUCCUUCACGGUGGUGGAUGUAAUUUUUUUUGUGUAUUACGCUUUUUAAAAUUAUGGUAUAUAUAACCCUAGUUCGAAGUAUUUUAGCAGUUUGGAAUUUGAAUGUUGUGGCAAGGAUGAAAGGAACUCCUAAUGUAUAAUUUCAGGAAUGGUUUCUAAUACAAUUAUUGGUUAGUUUAAUUA